GUCCGCACAGGGGCAGGGAGCUAGACACCGUCGCUUGACUUGCUGUGGAAAUCACGAGUACCUACAGACAAGACAAGACAGCAAUGCGACGCAGAAUUAUAUGGAUUAUAAUGCUACAUAUUCAUCUUCUCCAGGCUGCAUUUAAAGCCUUGAAAUUACAGAAAAGAUGGAGCUGAAAACAGACAUACAAAUAAGACAAGGAGUUUGAAGGAGUCUGACAUCUAUUAUGAUUAUACAAAGUGGGUGAGAUGUUGUUUGUUUCCGAGUUAGAUAUAGGAACUGCAAUUAUUUCUUAACAAGUCAUUUAUAUCUUUACAAGUCAAUGAUACUUAAUAUAUAUAUAUAAUGCCGGCAGGUGAUCGCACCCUUAGAGUCAAUGGGGAGGGGUCAAAAUACCAUUUCGAUUAUUUUUUUCCAGUAAGCAUCUCCGAAAACCAGACCCUAGGAAUUCUGCAAGCUGGUGCAGAAAAUGUUCUUUAACUUUGGUAAUGGAGUGAGAGCGUGAUGCUUGGCCCAGGCAUGGUCUUCGACUCAGACGCGGCGGGGUGUAAAUCAGAAGCCAAAGGCAGGAGUGCCGAGACGCGCCACAGGCAGACAUGCCUGCCCGUACGUCUGCGCCAGGCCAGUCUGGCUAGCCAGUGGCCCGUAACGCUGCGUGCUGAAGUGUUGGUGCCCGACGCCAGGGUGGUCUCUCACUCACUGUAUCAAAGCGGGAACCCGAACAAGCGAACCCAUGUCUGGGAAAUAAACAAGACAGGAGAGACAAGCCAUUGUGUGUCAUUAUGUGGCAGCCUCUCCUAAACUCUAUUAUAGCACAUGGUGUUGGGAUUAACUUUUUCUGCGUUCAAAUCAAAUUUUAGACAUGAAUUUCAUAUUUCAGUGAGCUAAGACAAAGGUUUUUGAUGGAUUUUGCUAAUAACUGUAUUCUUCUGUUGCCACCCCACCCUGCAUUUCCUUCUCAUUUCUGUAUCUCUGUCUCUGUUCCUCUAGCUUACAUGACACUCUGUUGGCUGUGAUUGGCCCAUAGCUAACUUUCACCAAUCAAUCUGACCUUCAUCUUGGUUCUUCUACUUUCAUGUAGGUGUUCCCAACCUAACAUUAACAUUAGUUACUACCAAUUUCCACAUCAUUCAGGCCAGAAAAAUGGACUCCCCUAACUCGGUCUCUAACUCCCCUUCCCCCGGGCCCUCCCACACGCUCCCUCUGCUUCCCAAUGCGUCUCUGCCAUCUUCCUCACCAUCUCUCUCCCCAUCCCCAAGCCUCGUCUCCACAGCCCUCUUCUGCUCCCUGCUCUCCCUCAUGGCCCUCCUGGGUAUUUGCGGAAACCUGUACACCUUGGGGCUCCUUCUGCAACGCAGAAGAGGGAGGCGACGUCAUGGCAGGUCCUGCUACUGUGUAGGGGGGCUCUGUCCCGCUAUCUUACCACGUUGCUCUCCGGUCUCCUCUCUACCUUCCCCCUCCAUGUCAUCUUCCUCCUCCUCCUCCUCUUCGUCUCUUUACCGCCAGGUCUUGAGCCUAGCUUUGGCAGACCUCCUCUACCUUUCCACCACCCCCUUCAUCGUAUACGACAGCCUAGCCGCUGACUGGGCUUUUGGGGAGCUGGGCUGCCGGCUUCUGCUCAGCCUGGAUCUUCUCACCAUGCACGCCAGCAUUUUCACCCUCACCGCCAUGAGCCUGGACCGCUACAGGGCCGUGGCAGAUCCCCUGGCCACCUCCUCCUCGCCAUCUUCAGGUCUGUUGAGGGUCGUGCUCGCUUGGGGGUUGGCCGUGGCGUUGAGUCUUCCCAUGAUGAUCACACUCCACCUGGAAGAUGGGGGCACCCAUGACGGCAAGCUUUGCGUACCUGCGUGGGAUGAGCAAAGUUCCAAGGCCUACAUGAGCGUCCUCUUCUGCACGAGCAUCCUAGGACCAGGACUAGCCAUUGGGGGCCUGUAUGCCACUUUGGGCCGCCUCUACUGGGUGUCCCAGACCCACCCUCCAUGUGCGACUGCAAGCAGCUGUCCCCCACGAGCUCCCCGCCCUAAGGUGCUGCUCCUGAUCCUGGGCAUAGUCCUUGCAUUUUGGGCCUGUUUCCUGCCCUUCUGGAUCUGGCAGCUCCUACCGCUCUACCGGCCGGAUGUGUUGAGGUCCAUCCCGACCAGCACUCAGGUUACGGUCAACAGGAUCCUCACGGGGCUGACCUAUGGGAACUCAUGCGUGAACCCCUUCUUCUACACGCUGCUGACGGGCAAACACAGGCGUUACCGACAGACGCUUACCUCAGGAGCCCAGCUGUGCCGCAAGGGCAGCCCAUCGCACUGAUGUCCACCAACCGCAAGGGAGAACUACUCAGAACCAGCUUGCCAGGGAAGAAAAGGAUUAUAUCUGCUAGAAACCUCCUUGACACUCACCACGACCUUGGCAACAGUAGCUCCCAUGAGAGGAAAUGGCAGGCGACAUGUCGAGUAGCCAGUCGCCAUCUAUCCCAGGGUCAGAUGAGGACACCUUUGUUAUUCUUCCACUCUACCUUCCUCCCCAAAUCCUCGAGCA